AUGAUUAAUUCACUUUGUGGAAGCAUGGCUCCUGUUAAGAGUGAGAACUCAACCAAUAAACUGCAACCAUCUUCUCCAAAUGAGUCAAUUUCAGAGACUAAAAAAUGUGUUGUGCCUUCUGACUUGGAGCAAAAUACUAGCUUAACUCCACCAAGCCUCAACUUCCCACCUGUGAAAUUUGAGUUGGACGCGGAUGUUGAAGUCCAGUCACCGGACAAUUCAAUAUGGGAGACCUUUUUCUCCGAUCAUUUAGACGGUGACUUCAUGAUAUCAUCUCCGGUGAGGAAUUUGCCAUCUCCUCAGAUUUCAGCCUACAACUAUAAUUACAACUAUGCUCUGGCAAUGCAAGGGCAGAGUCUUUUGGGGUGCUCUCCUCCACGGUUUUCAUCUCAGUUUGGAGCUUUUAGUUGUAAUCUGAAAUCAAGAGGUCAAAACCCACUUCAUAAGGUGUUUAACUCUCCAAACAAUCAGUAUAUGCAGUCAGAUCAGGCUCUUUCUUUGCCAGCGAUCGAAGAACUCUUGGAUGAUUACCAAAAGGAUGAAUAUGUUAUGUUCUCGCCGAUGAAAAUAUCAGGUAGUGGAAGUUCCCCACAGUUGUUUGAUAUGCCUAGCUCGGUUCCAGUAAUUCCGGAUUGCUUAACAAUGCCCAAUUGUUCAAGGUUUUGUGGAUCAAUGAGUGAAACAUCUUUAACGGCUUGUGGCUCUCAGCUAACCCAAGAGAAGGAUCUCUAUCAAAUGGGCUCCAUAAGAACUGCUCCAUUAUCACAACAACUUCAACAAGAGCGCCAUCAGGAGCAACAACAAACGCAAGAGCAGCACCAAACAACUCCGCCACUACCGCCACAACAGCAGAAUAUUAACCAUGGCUUGAUGACACCUCUUCCGAUUAGUUCUGAGCAGGAACAAGACAGUGGACUUCAGUUGGUGCAUCUCCUUCUUGCCUGCGCUGAAGCAGUAGCCAAAGAGGACUACAUGCUAGCAAGACGAUACCUACAUCAUCUUAAUAGAGUGGUGUCACCACUCGGUGACUCAAUGCAAAGAGUUGCCUCCUGCUUCACUGAAGCCUUAAGCGCUAGGCUUGCGGCAACCCUCACCACCAAACCCAGUACAUCUACCUCAAAACCCUUCUCUCCUUUCCCACCAAACUCCUUGGAAGUCCUUAAAAUUUACCAAAUCGUCUACCAAGCCUGUCCCUAUGUAAAGUUUGCUCAUUUCACUGCUAAUCAAGCCAUUUUUGAGGCAUUUGAAGCCGAAGAACGCGUUCAUGUCAUUGACCUAGAUAUCCUUCAGGGCUACCAAUGGCCAGCCUUUAUGCAAGCCCUAGCUUCUCGACCCGGAGGCGCUCCAUUUCUACGAAUAACCGGAGUCGGACCUUCAAUAGAAUGCGUGAAAGAAACCGGCCGAAGCUUAGCGGAGCUUGCCCAAUCUCUCCGUGUCCCAUUUGAAUUCCACCCAGUUGGGGAGCAACUCGAAGACCUUAAACCCGACAUGUUCAACAGACGUGUGGGCGAGGCUCUAGCGGUCAACGCAGUCAACCGCCUCCACCGUGUCCCUGGAAAUUGCCUAGGAAGCCUAUUGGCAAUGAUCCGUGACCAAGCACCGAAGAUUGUAACGCUGGUUGAAAAAGAAGCAAGCCACAACGGACCAUACUUUUUAGGCCGAUUCCUCGAAGCUUUGCACUACUACUCAGCAAUUUUUGACUCAUUAGACGCAACGUUUCCACCGGAUUCCACUCAGAGGGCAAAAGUGGAACAGUACCUUUUUGCCUCCGAGAUUAGGAACAUUGUGGCCUGCGAGGGAGCCGAGAGAAUAGAACGACAUGAAAGGCUAGAUAAAUGGAGAAGAAUGAUGGAAGGAAAAGGGUUUAAAGGAGUGCCACUCAGCGCAAAUGCGGUGACUCAAUCGAAGAUAUUGCUAGGAUUGUAUUCGUGCGACGGGUAUAGAUUGACAGAAGAUAAAGGUUGCUUGCUCUUGGGGUGGCAAGAUAGAGCCAUUGUUGCUGCUUCUGCAUGGCGAUGCUGAUUUGAUUUUAAUUUUAAUUUAAUCUUCCGUUAAUUACGUUUUCACUUGUACUUGUUCAUUA